AUUUUUAAGCUUUGUUUUGACUGGGUGUUGUGUAAAUGCAGCCGAUCGUCAUCCAUCGAUUAUUGUGAGCAAAGUGCAAGACUGAAAUCCAGUGUAGUAGGACUGAAAUUUGCAUAAUGUGGUACUGGUGUCAGAAUAGCAGAGCAAAUGGACAGCGGUGCCACAAACAAGGACACAAACUUGUAAACAAGGUCAUUGAUCUUCUGUGGAGCCGACCAGUCCUGCAGCAGGAGCGCUUCAGCCCGCGGUCCCUUCUGCUGUCACUUCAGGCCAUUAGGGCAACCCCGUGAGUUCCUGCAAAGGCUCCCUGUCACUGGUGCGCUUUGGCCGUGCUGCUCCUCUGCUUGUCUCUGCUGCUCACGAUUGCCUGAGAUGAGCUCCACUCCAUGGAUUUAGCUGUAAAUGGCGGAGGAGCUGUGCACUGGCUGGUUUCGCAUUGUUGCAGGCUCCUUGGAGAUUGAGGAAUGCAAAUCUGCAAUCAUGAUGGAAGGAUUGAAAAAACGCACCAGGAAGGCCUUUGGGAUACGGAAGAAAGAAAAAGACACCGAUUCCACAGGAUCGCCGGACAGAGAUGGAAGCCUGCAGAAAAAGAGUAAUGGGGCUCCAAAUGGAUUUUAUGGAGAAAUUGAUUGGGAGCGAUAUAACUCCCCGGAGGUGGAUGAAGAGGGAUACAGUAUUAGACCUGAAGAGCUUGGUGAUUCCCCAAAAGCCAAAAGCCACUUUUUCUCAUCAAGUGAGUCAGAAGAAGAGGAGGAACACCGGAAAAAGUUCAAAAUCAAGAUCAAACCUUUGCCUAAAGACAACGCGAACUUUACAGCACCCUCAGUAGAUGAGCUCAAAGCCUCCAUAGGCAACAUAGCACUUUCUCCUUCCCCACUGAGGAGUAGUCCGAGACGUAGCCCGGGCUUGAUGAAAAGAAAUGCAUCUGGUGAAGAGGUUGCAAGGCCACGGCGCUCUGUGCUUACAGUGAACCCCACAAUAGCUUCUGCUCCAGAGGCCCCAAGCAGAAAAGUUCCAGUACCACAAGAUGCGACCGCUUUAUUUGGACCACCUCUAGAGACGACCUUCGAAGCACAGAAAACAGAAGUGGUUAUAGAUGAACCUGACGUGUGGGGGGUACCUUAUUCUGAGUCGCACCCUGACUCAUCUUUGACAAGACCCUUUCCUCAUGGAACUCCACCUCUGCUUCCGCCCAAGAUUGUCCCAGCCUCAUCCCUUGUUUGUGGCUCCCCCAUCACAGACUCCUCUGAAAUUUUGGAGGGCGAGAGUGAAAAACUGCCAGCCUCAGGUUCCCAGGAGGCUCUACCAGAUGCCACCUCCGAGAAGCCCUCGAUGGCUGAUCUGGACAACAUCUUUGGUCCCAUUAAGGCUCCCACACCCAAAGAGACAACAACGGAAAAUAAUUGGGUCAGCUUCACAGAUGAGUCACCUGAAAGACCACCCACUCCAGAAGAACCAGCUCCUCCUCUUCCUACUGUUCCACCCCCGGACUCGCCCCCUUGUGUCCCUCACGGGCCCCCUACAGAGGAGGUGUCGGACCUGUCCCCAAACACUGGUCCCCCAGCACAACCAUCUACACGUAGUAUCCCCCCACCUCUUGUCCUUAGUGAGGAGAACCGGAGGAGCUCUGAAGUCGUGCAGGCUAUGGAGGGCCUGGCAGAGUCUGUGGCCUCACCGAAAGAACUGUCCCAGGGCCCAAAGGCCACACCUCCCCCUCCUCCACCACCUACCUACAGGGCAGUAGUGUCCUCACCUGGACCGUAUUCUGGAACAGGCAGUGGCUCGUCCUCCCCAGCUCGACCCUCUACCCCGCUCUCUGGCACUAGCGCAACACCCCCUCCUCCUCCUCCCAGACCCCCGUCGAGACCCAAACUACCUCCUGGGAAACCCAGCAUUGGGGAUGUGACUCGGCCAUUCAGCCCUCCAAUUCACUCCUCGAGCCCCCCACCCAUUGCCCCUCUUGCCCGAGCUGAGAGCACCUCGUCCAUUUCGUCCACCAACUCGUUGAGCGCUGCCACGACGCCUACUGUUGGUAAAGAGCUCGCCAUUUCUGUGUCAGAAGAUGACGCUUUUGUAUGCAAAGUGGCUGCCUCAACGAGGCGCUGUCAGUCCCCUGCAGAGAAUGACCAGCCUUCCCUGGUAUGGUUUGACAGAGGAAAGUUUUAUUUAACCUUUGAAGGCUGCUCCCGAGGACCAAGCCCACUCACCAUGGGUGCCCAAGACACCCUCCCAGUGGCAGCGGCCUUCACGGAGACCGUUAACGCCUACUUCAAGGGGGCAGACCCGGGCAAGUGCGUGGUGAAGAUCACUGGGGAGAUGGUGUUGUCCUUCCCAGCCGGGAUCACCAGGCACUUUGCCAAUAACCCCUCCCCAGCCGUCCUAACAUUCAGCAUAACAAACUACAGCCGGCUGGAACACGUCCUCCCUAACCCCCAGUUGCUGUGCUGUGACACCCCACAGUCUAGCCCAAACUCCAAGGAAUUUUGGGUGAAUAUGCCCAAUCUGAUGAUACAUUUGAAAAAAGUUGCCGAGCAGAAACCCCAGGCUACGUACUACAAUGUGGAUAUGUUAAAAUAUCAGGUAUCUGCACAGGGCAUUCAGGCCACACCUUUGAACCUGGCAGUCAGCUGGCGUUGUGAACCCACCUCCACAGACCUCAGGAUAGACUACAAAUACAAUGGGGAGGCCAUGACCACACCUGUUGCGCUCAACAAUGUCCAGUUUCUGGUCCCUGUGAACGGAGGGGUGACCAAACUCCAGGCAGUGCUUCCCCCAGCUGCUUGGAAUGCCGAACAACAGAGAAUCCUAUGGAAGAUCCCAGAUAUUUCGCAAAAAUCUGAAAAUGGAGGGGUGGGGUCUCUGCUCGCCAGGUUCCAGCUGACAGAGGGGCCCAGCAAGCCCUCACCCCUGGCUGUGCAGUUCACCAGUGAGGGCAGCACUCUCUCGGGCUGUGACAUUGAGCUGGUCGGACCUGGCUACAGAUUUUCUCUCAUCAAGAAGAGAUUUGCUGCUGGAAAGUACUUGGCUGACAAUUAACCAGCUGUAAUGGUGAAUACUAAGAAGAUUAUCACAUUGGAUCUGAAGUGACACUUGUUUCAGAUACAUAAAGGAACCAACAAAAAUGCUUUUAAACCUUUAUAAUUACACACAGAAGGCAAGGUGGCCAAAUCAUCAGUGUUACAGUAUAUAAAUUGCAUAUAGAAUUGUGAGAGUUCUGGGAUGUUAUAACUGUAUUUGUAAUAUGUAUUCAAUCCAGAACAUCUGUAUUGUUGCAUUUAGACAACUGGAUUUCUUUAUGAUGAUAGCAACUUUUUUUUUUCUUUUUUUCUUUUUUUUUUUUUUUUUAAAUGUUUGUCCCCCCCUUUGUUCUUCUUUCCCCAAGCGUGUUGUGAUAGUAAAACCCUGUACUGCAACUGCCUAACUACUCAAAAUUAGUAUCCACUGGUUCUUUUUUGCUCAUGAACACGGCACAAAAUAGUCAUAAGUACAGCCAGUGGUAUGCGCUGACUGACCAUGAGAAGAAUGCCAUUUAGUUCAAGUCUUUUUUGGGUCUGAAAUCAAAUGUAGUACUAUUACCUUUUUUAAUAAUUGGCUUUUUGAUUUUAUUAACAAGAAUUAUGUUUAGUAAAGGAAACAUGGGUUAAGAUUAUUAAAAAUCAGUGUUAUUGCUGUGAAGUCCAGCUACCAGGAACUCUCCUCUUGGUUUCCUUCACACACACGGACACACAAAUAGAGCUCCCUAACCCUAUGCUGGAUGCAUCUAGUACAGAUUGCAUAAAAUCUCCUAGCUAAGAAAUGAAUUUAAACAAUGCCAUGAUGAUAAAUUAACCUUGAAAAGUUAAUAUUAAAAGACAGGCAAUUAAAUGUAAAUGUAGUAACCACACAUAGAGCAGAGCGUCACACAAACAAUUUGCUGGGGAGCAAGCAGAGAAUGCUUAAAAUAUACACAUUAAUUUAUACUUUGUCGUUAAGUACUAUCAUUAGCCUUUUUGAGACUAGUAAUGGCUUUUUCUUUUUGCACAGCCAGGUUUCCCUGCACUGGCCCUUGUGGUCAAUCUGAGCUCGUUGCGUUUGCACUUUGUCAACCAGGUAGUCUGUUUCACUGUCGCCUCCUCUUAAGGUUUGAUAACACUCAGGUCUUUUUUUUGUUUCUGUCUCUCUUUGUUGUUAUGCUAAAUUUAUAGAAUGAAUAAAAUGAGAAAGCACUGUGGUUUCCCUAGUAUUACUGGGGUGGUGGCAGCUUAGUGCUAGUUGUGGGGUAGUGCACUGAACCUUCAUCAAAAACUGAUCAACUGCAAUUCUCUCUGCUCUCAUGUCUUAGCAUCUUACGGUGAUAAUCCUGGUUAGGUAAAAUUGUCUUUUUAACGCUGAUGAACAGCUGGCGUGGUGUAGCUUUACAUGCAUUGCUGCCCUGGGUUUCUCAACUGAGGUAUUUAUUAAUUUAUGAAAUGUUGCAUCUGGGCAUUCCCAGAGGUUUCCUCUCUCCUCUGUCUUGUAUGUUGUAUAUUUUGUAAAACGCUUCAUUUCAACCUACAGAAAAACAUAUUGGAAUAUCUUGAUUCAUGUUUUUAUUGAUACUCAUUUUCCCUUGAGAGCAUAAAUGCCCUUUCUGUUCUUGGUGGUAGAAUAAUUGAUUAUUAAUUUUGAAGGUUUGCUAAGGCCCACACAGAAAAAUAGAUACAGUCCUAAUACUCUUUCUGAAGUAGAAUUUGCCUUGCACUGAAAUAAGAAUUUUUUCAGUUGAAAUUUUGAAAUUAGAAUUGCUGCAAGGUACAUAUGCCCAUAUGAUUUUUGCACUUUCUUUACUAAGCAAACUAUUGUCUAAUGAGAUGUGCUCUCAACCAACUCUCCCCCACAUAAUUUUUAUAAGAUAACUAACUGUACUUUCAUGUGAUUGAAAGUCUAAUGCAAGCUUCUUGAACAAGCAGCAAAUUUCUGGAAGGACACUAUGCAGAACAAAUCCAAAGACAUGCAUCAUGUCUUUUGUUUUUGUGAACAGAGCUAAUUUAAAUGUUACUGUGUUUCUUCCAGAUGUUAUUUGAACAUAAGCUGUUCACUGUGACUAAACUGAGGUAACCAGAUGUCCAUUAUCUGAACCUGAAGUGUUUUCUCCAUUAAUUGAAAUGUUAUAUUUUUGUUUUGAAGUGGAUAAUUGGGAUAAUUGAGUAGAUGGGCAGCUUCAACAGUUAAUACAUUUUACUAGUUGCAAUGUUUAAAUAUGGUUUCCCUAAAAAUGUAUGAAUUAUCAUUUUAAAUUGGUACUAUAUCAUAAGAGGGCAUAGGUGUUUCCAUGUAUCGUCAAAUAGCCUCGUUUUUCAGAGAGCGGUGUUAGACUUAAAGUACAGUAUGGCAUUAUAUUUUUAUUUAUUGAUGAGACUGAUUUGUUGUAAAAAGUGACUCCUGUAUAUGAAUAGAAGUUGAAUGGUAUCAAAAAUUUAGAAUCCUUAAAGCUAUAAAUAUUUUAAUUCUUUUUGUUAUAUGUGUAGAAUGGUAACUUGUGUACAGUAUAAGGCUAAUGUCUAAUUUUUUUUAUUUAUUUCUGAUAUUUUUUUAACUCAAGUGUGCAACGUAAGAUUUGUUGUAUAUGGGUGGGGGAACAAUGGAAUAAGAAAUUUACCUGGAUGCACCAAGCCUGAGAACAGCACUGUUUGUCAUAGACCUGAUACAUAAUGGAUCGUAAUGAGAGUCUUAGAGGUUUUGAACACUGGAGACCAUUCAUCUCAUUGUGUUUAAUCCAGAUUCCUUGAUGGCAUAUUAUCCAACACACGCAUGAACCCAGUUAUAAAUGCUUGAACCUAUACCUUUAUUUUCUAUGUAUCAAUGGUCUGUGUGGGAUGGGAAGGGAAAAAUAUGUGAAUACAAUAGAUGACCAAAAUUUGUUUUAUAGUUAUAUGUGUGCUUCAGACAACGCCUUCUAAGUGAAUAAAAGCUAAAUAUUUUCAAAAUAAAAUAAAGAAGUUUGUUUUAAGAAAAAUCACUGUGUUUUUUUUUUAUUUUAUUUUUUUUAUUUAACAUUUACCCCAACAACAUGAGAGCGGUAUAUGCAUGCUGGAAGUCUUGUUUUAAUUAAAAUCUACUAAAUGGUUUAUUAAAUGUUAAUAAUUUUACUAAAAAUUGAUGCUUUAAUUUAUGGGUGAAACAAGCCACACAUUUUAAAAUGACUUAUUUUCGCUAAACUUUUUUACUGGCAACAUAAUUUUUCUGAAUUUAAU